AUGAAGAACAAUAUCGACGAGAGCAUCAACCGUACUAUCUCGUCUCUCCGAGCUGUCGGUAUGACGCAGUUAUUCAACUCCUCGACUCCAACAAAUGCGAACUCGGAGAAACGGAAUUUCCCCGGCAUAUCGUUAACAGGAAAGAAGCAUGAAAAGCAAGAGAAACACUCAAACGACUCCUCUCACUUCCCUACAAAAUUACGGAACUUCUUUCGAAUAAACAGCUCGUCCUCCAAUACUAGCUCUACCAGCCAAGGAGGAGCAGGACAGAACCCCCAGAAUAAAAAUUCCAACCUUGCUGUUCCAAAGCCAGAGUCCAAAUUUCAAUCCAGAUUCCUUCCACAUAUCACCCGGAAUCGAUCUACUACCGUUGCCAGUGAAGGAAAUCCUCUCGAUGACGAUGGUGUGUCGCCAACUGCCCAUGCGAACCCUUAUUUUGCGCACCAAGGAUAUCCUGCCUUGAGGCAUCGAAAUGACGAUAGCGUGCCAUCCACCCCACCAGACACUCCAGGUAUACAUAUUGACGGAGCUCCUGGAGUAGACCAACCGACUGCUGCCAGCAAAGAGGAACUAGCAAGAAAGUUAAGGAGGGUUGCAUCUGCACCAAAUGCGCAGGGCUUAUUUGCAAGUGGGAAGGCAGAUGAACGGCCUAGAACGGCCGAGCUUGGGAAGGAGCCCUUGGUCGAACAAGCGGGCAGUACUGCAAAGUUAGGCUUCGUCGAACAGCCUUCAUCUCAGAACCUCACAGUUCCCGAUGCUGAUACACUUGGGCCUAUUCCACUUCCCGGUCAAAUACGGAGUUCUGCUGGCUACAGACGAACGUAUAGCUCAAAUUCUAUCAAAGUGCGCAACGUGGAGGUUGGUCCUGGCAGCUUUGAUAAGAUUAAGCUGAUCGGAAAGGGAGAUGUGGGCAAGGUAUAUUUGGUUAGGGAGAAGAAGUCCCAGAGGCUGUAUGCCAUGAAAGUCUUGAGUAAGAAAGAGAUGAUCAAGAGGAACAAGAUUAAACGUGCUCUCGCUGAACAGGAGAUUCUUGCUACGAGUAAUCACCCGUUCAUAGUUACCCUGUACCAUUCGUUCCAGUCAGAGGACCAUCUGUAUCUGUGCAUGGAAUACUGCAGUGGUGGUGAAUUUUUCAGAGCCCUCCAAACAAGACCAGGAAAAUGCAUUUCCGAAGAUGAUGCACGGUUCUACGCUGCUGAAGUAACGGCUGCACUUGAGUACCUUCAUCUGAUGGGUUUUAUCUACCGUGAUCUCAAACCAGAGAACAUCCUCCUCCACCAGUCCGGACAUAUCAUGUUGUCAGAUUUUGACCUGUCGAAACAAUCUGGCCCUGGGGGUGCGCCAACUAUGAUCAUUGGCCGCAACGGAACCUCCGCCAACUCGUUGCCUACAAUUGAUACGAAAUCUUGUAUUGCUGAUUUCAGGACUAAUUCUUUUGUCGGGACCGAAGAAUACAUUGCACCAGAAGUCAUCAAAGGAAACGGACACACAAGUGCAGUAGAUUGGUGGACAUUAGGCAUCCUCAUUUACGAGAUGCUUUACGGCACGACGCCAUUCAAAGGCAAAAACAGAAAUGCAACAUUUGCAAACAUCCUAAGAGACGAGGUUCCGUUUCCCGAACAUGCUAAUGCACAGCAGCUUUCUAACCUCUGUAAAGGGCUUAUACGCAAGCUUCUCAUCAAGGAUGAAUGCCGUCGCCUCGGCGCCCGCGCUGGCGCUUCUGACGUCAAGACUCAUCCUUUCUUCAGACCUACCCAAUGGGCUUUGAUCAGACACAUGAAACCUCCAAUGAUACCCCAUCAAGGAAGAGCAAUCGAUACAGUCAACUUUAGGAACGUCAAGGAGAGCGCCAGUGUUGACAUCGGCGGCUCAAGUAACUUGACAGGCGUCCCGAUGGACUCAGGACUAGCAACACCUUCUGGAGAAAUCGCUGAUCCAUUCGAAGAUUUCAAUAGUGUCACACUUCACCAUGAAGGCGACUAUCAUGAAAACCAUCUAAUUGAUGAUAGCAAUACCCAAAAGAGCUAA